AUGGAUAAAAUCCUUGAAGCCAUCGUGAUGUCUUCGUACCCUGACCACAUGAAACAAGGGUUGGUGCGGCGGGUGAUUGAGGCUUCGAAGCAGCCUAUGGACAGCGAGCAGUGCUGGUCGAUGCUUGAGCUGUCCACCAAGCUCUUCCUUGUGGGAGACACAAAGUUCAAGAGGUCGGUCGGCAAAGAGGUCCUCGAAGUGUGUGGCCAUUACCAUCAAGAGGCGUUUGAGGAAUUCUUCAACGUCCACUUCCUCUUAAGCCUCCUCCAGGAGGGUUACGGAUCUCUUGGAAAAAGGAGUCUUUACAUACUGGACUAUAUUCAACUUGGGUUGCCGUUUAUUUUGGACCGGCCCUCGGCCAAUGAUGUUUUCAGCCUGCUCCGGGUCGAGGUUCUCCGGAAAGUCUGCGAGAGGCCGGGGCUGAAACAGUGUGUGAAAAUCAGUAAGCUCUUGACCCAGUACCCCCAAUGUAUUCCCACUGGCAAACGCCAAGCCCUCUUCUGCCAACAGCUCAUCCGGUGCAUUGGACAGUUCCGCACUGUCUCGGGAAGAGAAGAGGCCAUUGUGGACUUUUUAGACCAUGUGAUCAAAGUCAGCAGCCUGCUGCAGAAAAUCUGGAAGGCUCAGAUGUCCUCUGUUCUCCCAUCCUUGAAAGAACUCUUCGCUAUCAUUUCUUCAAUGGAGCAGGAGCCACCCUCGAUUGCUUUAGCCAGCGUGGUCCAAUAUGUUCCACUAGAACUUAUGGACGGUAUCUUAAGAAACCUCACCAACGAUGAUAGCAUAUCAGAUGUUCAGAUGCUGAUGGCAAUUGACAGGAUGAUCGAAUGGGUCUCUUGGCCCCUGGGGAAGAACAUAGACAAAUGGAUCAUAGCCUUGCUAAAGGGUUUGGCUGCUGUGAAGAAGUUCAGCAUCUUGAUUGAAGUCACCCUUUCCAAAAUCGAGAAGGUCUUUUCUAAACUUCUGUAUCCAAUUCUGCGGGAAGGAGCGCUCGCGAUCCUCCGCUAUAUGCUGCUGAGCUUCCAGCACUCCCACGAGGCCUUUCACUUGCUCCUCCCGCACAUCCCUCGCAUGGUGUCCUCCUUAAACCGGGAAGAUUCUAACUCGGCAGCCAGCUGCUUGGAACAGCUGGCUGAGUUGAUCCACUGUAUGUUCUUCCGCUUCUCUGGAUUCCCAGAUCUCUAUGAGCCAGUCGUGGAAGCCAUCAAGGCUCUUCCGAUUCCAAAUGAAGACCGCAUUAAGCAUCUGCUCGGACAGAAUGCUUGGACCUCGCAGAAGAAUGAACUCGCUAGUUUUUAUCCCCGCCUGGCUUCCAAAUCUGAAACAGGGAAGAUAGGGUUAAUUAACCUGGGCAACACCUGCUAUAUGAACAGCAUCCUUCAAGCACUCUUCAUGGCCUCCGACUUCAGGCGCUCGGUGCUGAAUUUGGCAGAGAACAACUCCCAGCCCUUGAUGGCAAAACUCCAGUGGCUCUUCGCCUUCCUAGAGCACAGUCAGCGACCUGCCAUUUCCCCCGAAAACUUCUUUUUGGCUUCAUGGCCUCCCUGGUUUACUCGUGGGGCGCAGCAAGACUGCUCAGAAUACCUCAAGUACCUCCUUGAUCGGCUACACGAAGAAGAGAGAACAGGGAGAAGAAUCUACCAGAAGCUCAAAGAGUCCACAUGGAUAUCUCAGGCCGAACAACGGCACUCUGUCAACAAGACUCUGGUUGAAAAAAUGUUUGGUGGCAAAAUUAUGACAAAAAUCCGUUGUCUGAAGUGCCUAAAAGUCUCUUCCAGAGAAGAAGCCUUCACGGACCUCUCUCUGGCUUUUCCGCCAGCAGAUAAGCACGUGCCUAUACGCAAUGGUACCUCAGUUUUACCUGUAGAAGAGAUGGGCCCACAGACAGUAGAGCCUACUGUAGAAGCUCCCACUCGGGUGACUGAUUUGCCAAGGAGACUGGGGAAGCAUCGUGCGUCUGGCGAAAAUCCCUCCAAAGUGUUGCCAGUUGAGACUCUGAGACCAGAAGGGCAAGAGACGUCUCUCCCUGUCAGAUCUGAGAGGGAUGCCAUUGGGGUCAAGCCUAACAGAGGUUCGAUGCUAACCUCACGGGAUCAAGGGAUUGGCGCCGGAGCCUCCAGAUCCGUCCCCGACUUGAUCAAUUAUUUCUUAUCGCCUGAGACGCUGACGGCAGAGAACCGAUAUCACUGUGAGAACUGCGCGUCCCUUCAGGAUGCAGAGAAACUGGCGGAACUAACCGAAGGGCCCCAUUACCUCAUCCUCACCCUGCUGAGGUUCUCCUUUGACCUGAGAGCCAUGAGGAGAAAGAAGAUCCUUGACAAUGUCUCCGUCCCCUUGGUAUUGAAGCUACCCGUCCUGACCUUUGCGUCUGUCGUGUACGACCUCUGCAGUGUGGUAGUACAUUCUGGAGUCUCCUCAGAGAGUGGCCAUUACUAUUGUUACGCCAGGGAGUGCGAAGACACUGUGGGAGGCGACCCAAAGAACGCCUUGUGGAUGGUCUCCUCGGAAAAGCCUCUGGACGUGGCGAUCCAGUGGUACCUUUUCAACGACACCAGGGUAUCAUUUUCGUCUUUCGAGUCGGUUAGCAACGUGACUUCCUUCUUCCCCAAGGACACGGCCUAUCUGCUGUUCUAUCGACAGAGAAUAACCAAGCCGAGAAACACAGGGCAGGAGACGGCUGCUGAGGCCAGUUGGGUAAACGGAGACUUGUCUUCUCCCAAUAAAGACCUGAUGGAAGCCAUUGCUAAGGAUAACAUCCUAUACUUGCAGGAGCAGGAGAAGGAAGCCCGGAGCAGAACGGCCUACAUUUCAGCGCUACCCAAAUCCCCAUUGUGGUGGAAAGACUCUGAGGGGGAUGACGACGACGAUGACUCCUCAGGGGGGUGCGGGCAUGCCGCCGGAGGAGGUGGAUCGAGUUCUUUCCACGGACUUGUCUUUUAA